AUGGAGGGAGCGAGAGGAUUGAGAGAGAGAAAGAGUGGGCGAGAGGGAAGAAAGAAGGUUGUGAGAGAGGAGGGAGAGAUAUUGUCAUAUUUCUACUUGGUUAUUUCCUUGGGAAUAUCCUUUGUGAGUACCACAACGCUAUGCCCCGGUGGCUGUCGAUGCACUGAAGAUGACGAUACCCAGCAAACUGACGUCAUUUGCGAACGUCUACAGGAUUUUCCUUCAUAUUUUCCAAAAAGUACUGCCCAACUUCAAAUUCUGUACUCGAACUUGAGCUCUAUUCCACAAAACGCUUUCUUUCUGUCACCUAAGAUUAAAAGUGUCUACGUCAGAUUUUCUAAUAUAGACACCAUUGCUAGUCUUGCGUUCACGAAUCUACUUAACCUUAGCGACGUAGAAUUCCAAAGAAACAAUAUUACUCGAUUUGAGUCGUUUGCUUUCUUUGAUAUGAACAUUUCGUCAAUCUCAAUUAUAUACAAUAAUAUUGACAUUAUUGAGUCGCACGCUCUUUCAAUAAUUGAAGCAGAUGAUCAAAUCGUAUGCACUAACAAUUAUAUCGGGGAACUCCAAACUGCGUCAUUCAGUGAUGUACAGAAAACGAAGUUAUUCCAGUUUCAAAACAACACCAUCGAAAUCGUCAGAGAGAAUUGUUUUACAAACUUCUCAUCCAUUACGUCAUUUGACUUUUCAAAUAAUCAUUUCCUAAGUGUUGAACCCCAAUUAUAUGAUCCAAAAAUAAGUAAUAUUUUCAUAAUGUUUAGUAACAAUAUCAAGUGCGAUUGUAAAAUAAACUGGAUUUUUGAAAACCCCUCCUACAAGCUAUUUAUAGACUACAACUACUGUGAUGUAAUGACGAAAGACUCUCAGAAAAUUAGUCUGUCAGACUGGUAUCAAAGCUACCUAACCUUGUGUAGACCUACGACGACAAAAAAAAUUCUACAGGACCUGACGUCACCGACAACUACAACUACAACCAAAAAACUUCAUUUAACGUCAUCAUCACCGAAUCAAACAUUGUUAGAUACGUCACUGCAAGCUGAUUUUUCUACACCCACACAUAAAUCUACGACUACAUCAUUUCUAGUCAAGGUCACUUCGCAGAGCACGCAUACGAAGACAAAUGAAAUUGGGCGUCACACAACUAUCAGCAAAACAUCCCCGUUCUCAACCAAAUUGAAUGAUGUAAAAACAAGUCCACCUAAGGUCGAGGAAGCAUCCAAAACUACUGAAAGACAAACACCGUCUACAACGCCUAGGUCAGGAUCUCGUGGAACCAACGGGGACAAUCUCAAAAUCAAAAUAGGAGUCCUUGCGACUCUAAUAACUUGUCUGUUUAUUGUGCACGUGUAA